UUUUCAUUUCCGUGAAACCGUACGAGUCGCUACAAAAAUUUUAAUAAAUAAUACUCAAUAAAAAUACGUAACAAUGUCGCAAACACAAAUGCUAUUGUCGUGGGACGAAUACCAAAAGAACAUCUGUAAUGGUUUGAGUGAACUUCAGCAGCAUGGGGACUUUGUAGACAUGACCCUGGCUGCAGAUGGUCAUCAUGUGAAGGUACAUCAGCUGGUCAUGUCUAUGGCCAGUCCUUACAUCAGGGCACUGAUAACUUCUGUCAACUGCCCUCACCCUGUAAUAUUCUUAAAUAGUACAUAUACACUGGAGAAGUGCUUGUGGAUAGAAACAAACUGGCCGAAGUCAUUACAGCUGGGAAGGCACUACAUAUUAAAGGCCUUAGAGGAAUGUUCGAACCAAAUACACCAGAAGCAGAGGAUCCAAGCACAGUGAGGACCAUGAGCCCACUAACAAAAAAUGUAACAGAAAAGUUAAUGCAAAGUAGAGAAAACGAGAAAAAGGUUGAAAAGCAAGAGGAAAGCCACCCAGCUCAGCCUAUACAUAA